CCCCGCCGUGCGCGGCAAUUCCAGAGGCUUAUACGCAAUGGGAAGCUUACACUUCUUUGCCUUCUCCUCACAGUAAUUGUUUUGCGCGGAAAUCUGGGAGCCGGAAAAUUUGGCACGCCGGAGAAGGACCUGGAUGAUAUCCGGGAAACGUUUUCUUACAUUCGCCGCCGGUCGGAGCCCCGCCGAGUGCUGGAAGAGGCAGAGACUGUUCAAAAAUCCAGUUCGUCAAGUGAUAGUACUGAAAAUGGGAGUAAUAAUUAUGCAGAAUUUGAUAUAAGAAAGAUCCUGAAGGAUGAAGAUGAUGGUGUUGAAGAAUUUAAGCGGGAUCCUUCGCAGCCGUACAGCCUUGGCCCGAAGAUUUCAGAUUGGGAUCAGCAAAGAGGUGGGUGGUUGAAAAAUAACCCGAACUUUCCGAAUUUUAUUGCGCCUAAUAAGCCUCGAGUUUUGUUGGUUACUGGAUCAUCUCCGAAGCCGUGUGAGAAUCCUGUGGGGGAUCAUUACUUGUUGAAGUCUAUAAAGAAUAAGAUUGAUUAUUGUAGGCUACAUGGUCUUGAGAUUUUUUAUAAUAUGGCUUUGCUUGAUGCGGAAAUGGCGGGGUUCUGGGCCAAACUACCAUUGAUUAGGAAGCUGUUGUUGUCGCAUCCGGAAGUGGAAUUCUUGUGGUGGAUGGAUAGUGAUGCUAUGUUCACAGAUAUGGUGUUUGAGGUGCCGUGGGAGAGGUAUAAAGACCACAAUUUUGUGAUGCAUGGAUGGAAUGAGAUGGUUUACGAUCAAAAGAACUGGAUUGGAUUGAAUACGGGAAGUUUCUUGUUGAGGAAUUGCCAAUGGUCUUUAGAUAUUCUUGAUACUUGGGCACCAAUGGGGCCGAAAGGCAGGAUUAGGGAGGAAGCUGGGAAACUCUUGACUCGGGAGCUAAAGGAUCGGCCAGUUUUCGAAGCUGAUGAUCAAUCUGCUAUGGUGUACAUAUUGGCAACACAGAAGGAUAAGUGGGGUGAUAAGGUUUAUCUCGAGAAUGCAUAUUAUUUGCACGGUUAUUGGGGCAUUUUGGUUGACCGGUAUGAGGAGAUGAUUGAGAAUUAUCAUCCUGGCCUCGGCGAUCAUCGGUGGCCACUUGUGACUCACUUUGUGGGUUGCAAGCCUUGUGGGAAGUUCGGUGAUUAUCCAGUUGAGAGGUGCUUGAAGCAGAUGGAUCGCGCAUUUAACAUGGGGGAUAAUCAGAUUCUGCAGAUGUACGGGUUCACCCAUAAAACAAUUGCUAGUAGGAGAGUGAAGAGAACUAGGAAUGAAACAAGCAAUCCCCUUGAAGUGCAAGACGAGCAUGGGUUGCUUCACCCUUCAUUUAAAGCGGUGAAG